GUCGGAAGUGCUGCUGUUGCUCUUAUGUUUUGCUACGGGAGGAGGACGGCGGCAGGCGCAUCAAUGACGGGGACAGCAGUCAAACCUUCACCGCUCGGCCUGUUUCACGUCCGCGGCUCCAGGCACCGAGCUGCCAGCUGUUUGUGAUCCGAGCUGAGGAUGCCGGGACCGGUCCGCACCUCCUGCUUCUCCCGCUCCCCCCUUUCCAUCCACCUCCUCUUCCUCCUCCUCCUCAUCAUCAGCGCUCACAGAUCAGCAGCGUCAGCCGAUGGAGACUUGCAGCCGUGCGACAAGGGAGAUUAUUACUACCAGUACACAGAGUGUGACAGCACCGGGUCAAGAUGGCGGGUCGCCAUUCCGCUCAGUCCAGGCUCCUGUUCGGACCUCCCCUCUCCAACCAGAGGAACAGACUGUUCCUUCUCCUGUCCGGCUGGGAAGUUUCUGGAGAUGUCGUCCCAGUUGUGCACGCCGUGUGCAGCCGGUUCUUACUCUCUGGGCAGCGGACUGAGGUUCGACCAAUGGGACGCCAUUCCUGCAGGCUUCACGAGCCUGGCCAGCUUUUUGGAUCCUGGACCAAAUGGAGAGGACAUUCAGGCCUGUAACAGCUCAUCAUGGACGCCGCAGGGUGUGUACCUGGAGUCCAACCGCGACGAGUGCACAGUGUCCCUCGUUUACGCCGUCCACCUGGAAAAACAGGGAUCCGUCUCGUUCACCUAUCAGUAUCCAGACAACAACAUUUUCUUUGAGUUUUACGUCCAGAACGAGCAAUGCCAGGAAAUGUCCCAGACUGACGACCAGAAGUGGAUUAAAGUAACCAGCAGUGGGGAAUGGGGAACACAUACAGUGAGCCUGAAGUCGGGCACAAACAUCCUGUACUGGAGAACGACGGGGAUACUGGUGGGAGGGAAGAUGGUGAAACCGGUUCUGCUGAAGAACAUCCAAAUCGAGGGUGUCGCCUACACGUCUGAGUGUUUUCCAUGUCGGCCCGGCUGGUUCAGCCCGAUGCCCGGUUCCUCGUCCUGCCAAGCGUGUCCUAGCAACACUUACUCUGGAAAGGGAGCGUCCGCCUGUUCGUCCUGCCCUGAACACUACUACUCACAUGAGGGCUGGGCUGAAUGUAAGGUGAGACCGCCGUGCUCAGAGAAGGACUACUUCCAGAUUCACACAGCCUGCGACAGCGAGGGAAAGACGCAGGUGCUGCAUCGGUGGGUGGAGCCAAAGAUCUGCGUGGAGAACGUGACGGGGGCCGUGAAGCUGCCUGCGACCGGACAGAGAGAGCCGUGCCCCCCCUGCAACCCUGGCUACUACAACAGCAACGACUCCACCUGCCUGCCCUGCCCACCUGGAACACACUCUGACGGCAUCUACGCGUGCGUCGAGUGUCCUGCAGGCACCGAACCCGUGUUGGGUUACGAGUACAAAUGGUGGAACGUGCUGCCGUCCAACAUGAAGACGUCUUGCUUCAAUGUAGGGAACUCCAAAUGUGACGAUAUGAAUGGAUGGGAGGUUGCUGGAGAUCACAUCCGCAGCGGGGCAGGAAGUUCAGACAAUGAUUACCUCAUCCUCAGCCUCACUGUUCCUGGAUUUAAGUAAGUUAUCGUUUUAUUU